UCGAGGUACGGUACCUUUGGAGAGUACAUGGACAUUUGUAUGGCCCUUUUUGGUCAUGAUUUCAUAGUCCACUUCACUCAGUUCAUAAUUUAUCAUACUAUGUUAUAAAAAACAAACACACCACAUUUUUAUGUCCAACGUGGAGCUGUUUUACCCCCUUGUUAGGUUUAAUAAUUGUGUACAAAAAUUAAAAAAAAUAAGUGGCUGUUCUGUAUGCGUAUCUCAGUAAAAAAAAAAAAAAAAGUUUCUCGUAGAGGUCCCCUUUCCCGGAGACAUUCAAGACAUUGGAUAAGCUGUUCUUUUCACAACAAGCGUCAUACUGCUUUUAUUGUGAAAGAGCUGCACGGAAGUUGUGUCGACUACUUUUGCCUCUCGUAAGUUAAGUCAGUAACACUAAGACAGUAGCAGUAGAAAAUGCCAAAAUGAACACAAUGUGUCACAUGGAACCCGACAAAAAGAUGAGAGAAAUUCAUAGACGAGAGUAAAAUACUAUUUUCUUGGUAAGAGGGUGUUGAGACUUUGGGUGGGGCUCGAGCCAGUUCUCGUUGCCAGGUAACGUUUGUUUGUUUGUGUCUCGAUCAAAUGGGACCUUUGGUUAAAAUCUCUUAGAUAUUCAGUAGCAUUUCACUUUAAUCGACACGAAACAAAUUGUUAAGGGGUGUUUGUGGCUUUAACGGUGUCAUUACGACUGGCUAUUACAAAUUACGUCUCAGAUUUCUCCAUUACGCGUAUUCGUGACGUCACGCAACGAAAGGACGCGUCAACAACAAAAAACGUGAAAAGAAAUUCUUCAAUUCUGCAGUGAAUUGUAGAACAACAUGGAUCUUGAACAAAAAGAUGUUCCACAGCUUGAACUGGCGACUCUUUCGGGGUACAACGGACAAGUGCGCUUUGGCAUGAGGCUGCAUCCGGACAAAGAGCACCUCAUCUAUCCUCUGGGAUGUACAAUCGUUCUGACAAGAAUUAAAGACGACAUGAGACACUUCCUGCAUGGACACACUGGCGAUGUAGCCUGCAUCUCCAUGUCCAAAAGUGGAAUAUAUAUUGCUUCGGGAGAGAUAAAUUUUCAAGGCUUUGAUGCAGAAAUAAUCGUCUGGGAAUAUGCAACGCGAUCCAUCUAUACCCACUUUCAAAUCCACGAGGCAAAAGUAGAAGCCUUGGCCUUUUCUCCCAACGACAAAUACUUGGUGUCCCUUGGUGGUCAGGACGAUGGCAGAAUACUCUUAUGGAGCAUUGCGACCAAGCAGGCCAUUUGUUCAGCCCCAGCGUUACCGCUCAGUUUAUGUCACCGCCUCACCGUCAAGUUCUCCAACACAAACGACAACAUGUUCGCUUCUGCUGGCAGGGCAACCUUGCAGAUCUGGGAGCUGGACGAGGAUAACAAGAUUAAACCUUCAGAUUGUCAGCUGCGCAAGCUGAAGAGGACUGUGAAAUGCAUUGAGUUCUCGCCAGAUGAUCAGUUUAUUUUCUGCGGCACUACCAGUGGAGACAUCUUGAAAAUCAACACCAAGACAAAGUAUCUGAGCAACUAUGGUCCGGUUAAAACAAAACACAGUCUGGGCGCCAAUGUCCUAAAAGCAUUACAUACAGGUGAGCUUGUUGUUGGUUCUGGAUUCGGCAACUUGACACUGUGUUCCACGACUAACUUCAAAGCUAUCAAACACAUCCAGCUGAACAACGGCGUGACCUCAAUUGCGCUCAAAGACGACGGCUUACACUUCUAUGUUGGCACAGAUGCUUCUCAGAUCUAUUGCAUCAAUUAUGAGACCUUCAAAGCUGACCUUAUAUCCACUAGCCACCACGGCACCGUCAAAGACGUCUCCAUCGCUUAUGGGUCGUCUGAGUUGUUUGCCACUGGCUCCGAGGAGGACAUUAGGGUGUGGCACAUAGACAAGCCCAAAGAGCUGCUGAGAAUCCCCGAGCCCUGCAUGACAUGUAACUGUGUGUACUUGAUGAUUGACGGGCACAGCAUCAUUAGUGGAUGGAAUGAUGGAAAGAUUCGUGUGUUUGCUCCGCAAAGUGGUCGCCUCUUGCUCAUCAUUCACAAUGCGCACAGAGGCGGUGUGACAGCCAUGAAGGGGUCCAGGGAUUGUCAGAAGAUUGUCAGUGGGGGGCAAGAAGGACAGGUAUGUGUUUGGGAGCUGCUGAAGCAUGGCCACCGGCGGUUGGCGUUCUUGACAGAGCACAAAGCCGCUGUCACGUGUGUCCAAAUCAAGAGUGAUGACAAGGAGUGUGUCACUUCCAGCACUGAUGGAACGUGUAUCAUCUGGGACAUUGUGAAAUUUGUUCGAAUUCAGAAGAUAAUUGCCAAAAACACAUUGUUCCGGACUGUGUGCUACCACCCUGAAGAACAUCAGAUUGUGACCAGUGGCACCGACAGAAAGAUCAUCUAUUGGGACGUGCACGAUGGCACACCAAUCAGAGAAUUACAGGGCUUGCAGACGUCGGCCAUCAACUGCAUGUUCAUCUCCCAUGAUGGCAGACACUUUGUGACAGGUGGAGACGACAAGGUGGUGAGGGUGUGGGACUACAUGGAAGGUAUGGUAACCCAUGUCGGCAAAGCUCAUGGCGGCCCUAUCACCAGCAUUGAGAUCUGCUGCAACAACCGCACUCUGAUCAGCACCAGCGCUGAUGGAGCCGUCAUGCGCUGGAAGUUCCCUCACCCUGUUUUGGAUUGACGUCAAACUGGACAAGCAAUACCUCAGUAUGAGAAAACGUUAUUUUAGUGACGCGGUAUUGAGCUAAAUGAGAUCCACAUUGAAAUUCCUCUCAUCUGUGUGACUGCAUUACACUUUAACUGCUAAGGGGACAGUUGAAUGGAUUUCAUACGUUUACAUAUGCAGAUGAAGUCAGUCUAUGUAAGCACCACACAGUGUAGUAGAUUACAUGCAGCCUUUAUUCUGAUCUACAAGUAUUAGCAUUCGCUCUAUUUAAGACGACCAAAUUAUCAACUGUAAUUCCUUAGAAGAUUCUUGCUGAAAGGGGGAGACAACAUAGCUUCCUGAUAUCCUCAUUUCAUUCUGUUUUGUCAUGCAAAGAGACUCAUUUAAAUACAGUGGGAUCUUUUCAAAGCAGUUUUACUAUAGGAAAUAAUCUGUUCCAGGGUCAAACUGUUACCAUCAUAAGACUGUUCUUAAGUAAACGGUAAUGUUUCAGGUAACGCUUUAACAUUUUUA